AUGGGAACUUUAGAAGUGCUCUCUUCCACCAGUGUCAACUCUAAUGGGAAGAGCCCUAUCUUGACCCCCCAAAACAAUCAUAAUGGCUGGGUUAACCCUGAAGACUUGCCUCCUAUACCACAGUGCAUCGCUCAGCAGGAUCAAUCCAUCUGGCUGAGUACCAUGACCAAAUGUACCAGCAAACGAUGCACCUCACAUUUUGGACUCAUCUGCACUCACCAUCAAUGGCUGACUGAACUCAGCUGUCUCAGCCUUGGAUUUUCCCCCGAUGUGAUCAAGGCUUAUCUCCCACACUGCAGCCGAUCAGUGCUCGCCAAAGCACAGUUGUCUCUGUGGAUUCGUAACGUUACCGGCCGGACGUGGCUCGUCCAUGUCGGCGACGCGAACGGGCUGCAAAAUCUCUCCCCGGCCUCCCUGGCUGAAGGAUAUGCGGUCGUUGACGUGAUAUACAAAGCACCACCAUGUCUAACGAAUUCGAAUUCUGCUUCGUCGAUGGAAGCAUUUCAACACGUCGUGGCCUCCUGCAGUUUUACAAGCACCGCCCAACAUACCGGAAAUGCGGCUCGUCCCUGGGAAUACAGUCAGCCCCUACAAUCCAUGAUUGCGCUGGAUUCUGAAACCGUCGGUUACGACCUCACCCGACAUAGCAUCAGAUAUGGCGACUAUUUUGACAAACAAUGCUUCUGCGGCGCGUUUACCAUAGACGUCAAAAAGGAACCCUGUUCCGGGACAGGGACAAUAGACUUGACAAAGGAGCGGCUAUGGAUGAAUGCCACUUGUGGACCGACGUCCUUACCCCACAACUGGACAGAGGGACUCAAAACCACGGAAUUCGCGUAUAUCCCCAUCCAAGAUUGGCAUUGGCCUAGGUGCGCCCCGGAUAUGCCGGAGCAAGUGACUGGGCUUACUGGUCAAUGUGCUACUGACGCUUGUGAGCUCGACUCCAGUGGCUACUGCAGAGUCAUACGCGCAGUCGACAGGGCUUGCUUCUGCCGUGACAUUAGUUACGAUUCCUGCGGAGGUUCAUGCCAUCUUUUCGAGACCCGAAUAGAUUAUAUCCAGUGGCUCCACGAUCUUUGUGGCAAUGUGCGGGACUGGCACGGUCUGCCAGAUAAUUGGCGUCGAUUAGCCGCCACUACCACUCUCGACAUGAUUCCAUGGCAAUGGAGCCUCGAACCAUCCAACGAUUCAAGCCUUGCCCCGAUAGGAUCUGUUGAAGCAACGAAAAUAUGUGCCAAGACCGAGUGGAAGCUCGGAAGCCUUGCUAUGGUCAAUAUAGCUACUCUCCUUUCCGCAUUUCUCGGCCGGAGAACAGGCCUGCAUCGAAUCGCCCGGGGCUUUCUGUGGCACCCAGAACCCGAAUAUUGGUUUUGCACAGGAAUUCUAAUCGCCGCUCUUCAGCUCCUUGCGAACUGGCUUAAUGCGGUUCUUGUCCAGAACACCCUUGGAUAUGAGGACGUUCCCGUUAUUCAAUUGAUGCUGCUCUGGUGCACAAUGCCUCGGCUUACUUGGCUAGCGACUUUGCUACUUUGUGAACAGCCCUCCAAAGCGAUGAAUUUCUCCCCGGCUGCGUCUUCCAUGUUUGCGGAAGCGAUUCUCCAACUUUCAUCAUUGUAUUAUAUGAUGAUGACGGUCAAUUAUGGUCGAGAACACAACUUCUACCUUGAAGAUAUGGAACGACUGGAACGAGCACCACCGGCAAAAUCCAUGUAUGCUGGAGCAUUCUUGUGGCAUAUUGCCGCUAUCUUGGCGUUUGUUUCGUUGAUGGCCCUGUUCAAUCAAUAUUGGACAUUGCUGGAGGAUAAGAGGGCACACCAGUGGGCGGACAAGAGUAAGAGCUUAGAAGAAGCAUUGAGAAGCGAAGGAGGGUAUUACACGGCGUAUGGCACUCUCCCUAUCGAAGGCCAAAACAACCGGCUUCCUCAAAAAGCAUUUGUGAGGCUGUAUACAGUCUCGAUCAUAGGCAUGCUCUUUCUUUGGAUUGCACAGUGGCUCUUUUGGAGUGGAUUUAUUGGUCUUAGUCUGGAAGAGUACGUAUUCACGCACAUACUUGGUUCAAAUUAG